AUGUCCACUGCAGCGGAUUCGGCCACAGUGCCAGCCCCGCCAGCAGCUUUGUCCAACGGCGUUCCACCUCGCCCGGACUACAGUCCCCGAUAUAUUGACAUUGGCAUUAACCUUGCAGACCCCAUCUUCCGCGGACGUUACCGCGGCAAGCAGCAGCAUCCCGACGACCUUGCUGGCAUUGUUCAGCGUGCUCGUGAUGUCGGCUGCUCACGACUCAUUGUCACCGGUUCCAGCUUCAAGAGCUCCCGUGACGCCUUGAAGCUAGCCGGGGGAUUUCCCAACACUGUUUUUACAACGGCAGGCAUCCAUCCCUGCAGCAGCGCCAUCUUUGAGCGGAGACAUACACGACACCAUGAGGUCGACGACGACGACGACACCGAGGAGCACACGCCCGUGUGCGGUCCCGACCCCACAAAACCACAUGCAGAGGACAGCGACAUCGACCUGGCCAAGUCGGCACAGCUCAUCGAGGAGCUGCGCAAGCUUGUGCUGACGGCCGAACCCACGAAUGCGUUGGUGGCGCUCGGCGAGAUGGGCCUCGACUACGACCGGCUGCACUUUUGCUCGGCCAGCACACAGCGGCAUGCCUUUGCCGCGCAGCUGGCCCUCGUGGCCGACCUCGCCGCGGCCGGUCACCCGCUGCCGCUCUUUUUGCACUCGCGCGCUGCCCAUGCCGACUUCUUGCGUCUGCUAAAGGACCAGUUCGGGCCAACGCUCGAGAAGCUUCCGCGUGGCGGCGUCGUCCACAGCUUCACGGGCACGAUGGCCGAGGCCCAGGAGAUGAUGGACCUUGGGCUGUACCUGGGCGUCAACGGGUGCAGUCUCAAGACGGUGGAGAACUGCGACGUGGUGCGCGCCAUCCGUUUGGACCGGCUGAUGCUCGAGACGGACGGGCCUUGGUGCGAGGUGCGGCCGACCCACGAGGGCUGGAAGUACCUGGUCAAGGUUGCAGAGGCGGCGCGAGCCAAGGCUGAGGAGGCCGAGGAGGCGCGGAAGGCUGCCGAAAAGGCCGCUGAGGAUGCUGCACGGCAGGCGGCCGAGCAGGCGGCCCAGGAGGCAGCUGCAACUGCGACGGCCGACGGUAAUGCCACGCCCGACGGGGCGGCUGCCGGCAAUGGCCGGCCGCCCCGGCCGCCUCGGCAGAAGAAGCAGAACAACAACGCUGCGAAUAACAACAGCAAGAAGAAGGAGCCGGUCGUGCCUGAGCGGUUCAAAGUAGUGAAGAAGGAAAAGUGGGUAGAGGGCGCCAUGGUCAAGGGCCGCAACGAACCGUGCACCAUUGAGCGCAUCGCCACGAUCGUGGCCGCAAUCAAGGGCGUCCCCGUCGAGGAGGUAUGCGAGGCGGCGUGGGCUAACACAGUCAAGGUGUUUGGUACCGCAUAA